AUGAAGGCGCUGCUGGUAUUUACAGGCAGGGGGAAUCUUUAUCAGCGAUUUUUCUCCCGUUGCACCAGCCUCCAGCUGGUCCAUAAGGCUACGAGGGAGGCGAAUGUGUCCGACGAUGUAGAGCGGAAUUUUAUUCUCCGUGCAUGUGCUUUGGCAAGCCACACGGCGGCAGCAAAAGUGAACCCACGUUCGGCUCUGCAUCGCUCCAAGAACAUACUUGAUUGGGACAAUGCAAAUGUGCCUUAUCGGAUAGGGAACGAGGUCUUACCCAAAUAA